ACAAAGCAUUGCCUGAAAAAACUGCCAACAUGCCUACAAAUUAUUAGUCUAACUAAAUCCAACUUUUCGUGAUUUCGACCACUGCUUAAACAUGGCCAGCUUUCGGAAAAAGAGACGCACAGCACGCAAGCCCAUGCGGCGGGCUCUGACUAAGAACAUAUGCGGCAAUCAAUAUCCAACGGAUAAUACUGCUUGCGGCUGUGGCAUCCGCGGGAUUACUGUGCUGCCUGCAAUGUCUAGAGAUGCUGAGUUGGUGCAGAGCAUGCAGCAGAGCGUGUCCAGAGAUUCGUUGCCAUGCCACAAGAGAGCCGCAAGGAGUAAGUCUAACAAGCUAUGGACGGCCUCAGUGAAGAGGCUGCUCGCAUCGGAAGCGGAUCAAAAGUUGGACUCGCAAUCGUGGCGCAAACUAAGGCACAUUGAUAACAAAUCUGGGCAUAGCUUAAAUCAAACUGAUCGCUCUAUCUCUGGCUAUCCCUCCAGCUGGAACUUAGAUGAGAAAGCGCCUGAUGUUAUGCCGGAUGACAAUAGUCUCGAUGAAGUGAUCAACUGUGACAUCUUAAAUCGCACGCCGUAUGAUCACCAGCUCUACUCCUACGUGAUGCAGCGACGCCUCAGACCCACAGCUGACAACAGCUGUCAAGUUUGCAUGAAGACUGUCGUUGAUCGAGUGUUCCAUGCUACAAACACAAUAGCAGCGCAAACAGAGCAAGCUGACCCAGCUGAAUUUGCGUCUGAACUUUCGAUAGACAACGAUGACUGCGACUACAGUCCGCAGCUAAUUCCACAGCAAAGAGUUUACAGUGGUGGAGCAGACGCCACGUCAGUCUCUUCAGCCAGCUGCUGUUGCUUGGCGAACGACGAUGAGCUGUCCGAGGCGGAGAGCAAUGCAGCCUCGAAAAGCAAUCGAUAUAAAAAGUAUGGUGGCUACACUCCCUCGGAUUUGAGCUCAAGGACCAGCGCUCAUUCAAUCGAAGGACAUGUUUGCUUUUGUGAUCAGGAUAAAUUUAACAAAAUUCAAAAAAUCAGCCGCCCGCCUUCGAAUACUAAACAACGAUCUAUGUACUCAGCAAAUGGCGACAAUUCGAAUACUAAACAACGAUCUAUGUACUCAGCAAAUGACGACAAUUCGGAUAUGGACGAUGAGCAGUCCUCUUCGGAAUUGUCCAUAAAAGAAGAAGUCAAACGUGCGUGGAGCUUAAAGCUGGCUAAUAGCCAAGAGCUGCAGCGUUAUAGGGACUUGGCUAACAUUGAUAAUUGUGAAACAGUUUGUGGCAAAUCCAGAAGAAAAUUAUCUCCAGAGCCAGCUGGAAAUGUGUUAAAAAAUUCUAAGAAAAACCAAAAUAUUACCAAUACUGAAACUAGAAAUGCUGAAAAGAAUGGAAAGCAGCGCAAUGGCGCUAAUAGAAGAAAUACUGAAUCACCCGAUGGACUCAAAACAAAUUCAAUGGGCGACAAAAAAAUGUCAAGCAACAGAUCCAAUAGUGCUAAUCCUGAUGAAAGCUGCAAUUGCAAUUGCAACUGCUCAAAGUGUUUAUGCAAAAAGGCAAGCAAGCAAACUAACCAAGCUGCCCGAAAGAUCGCUCCAAAUGGGCCGAACAGAGCCACACAGGGUGGCAGAGCUUCAUCUCUUGCUAAGUCCGGCACAGCGAUCUCUUCUAAGGCAAUGGGAGCAACGUGCCAAUGUAGCAACUGUUGUUUUGCCACAGGUGAUAAUAAUCCCACAGUAUGCGCAUGUACCCAAACCAACAAAACCAACAAUAAAGCGAAGAGGAAGCCGGGAGAUGUCAAAUCGCCUGGGGCUGGCAGAGCAAAGAGUGCUCGUGAAACUUUAAGAAGCUCCCCAGCUAAUGCGAGAAAUGCACAACAAGUCAACAACAGUCGCAGAGCAACGUCACCACCCAGAGGCAAUAGCAGCGCAGCAACUAAAAAGAGUCCGAGAAGGUCUGCUAUCCAAGGCGAUAGUAGUAAGCCAUGUAAAGACGAAGCUUGCCAACUACAGUGCAAACAAUGCAGAGCAUUGGCUAACCAAUAUUUAACAGACGAAGAAGCCAGUGACGACGAUGAAGAUGCAGAAUAUGCCAGCGAUCGACGGUCUAAAAUGGCCAAAGCGAAUAGGGAUAGGAACAAAAGAAAUGGAAAAUUGAGCAACGACUAUGAUGAAAAUGGUGUAGAGACAGUAUAUGAAGAAUAUGGCAGCCAGAUGGAAAGUGAAGGCAAUGGCAGACAACGCUAUGUUAACUCUAUGAACAAAAAAGUACAAGUCGACUGCAAGUGCCCGCAUUGUGGUAAUUUAAUGAAUGGAAUGUAUUCAGAUACUGAGAGCGGCAUUAAUCCUAAUGUGAAGGCGCAAGAGUAUAGAAGUAAAAAAUUGUCAAAAUCGGCAUCAUUCAGCGCUGGAGAACAGUCUGAGGCAGAUAUCAAGCAGAUAGGGCGCAGCCAGAAAUUAGAACGUAAUGCAAGUGAAGAGGAUGAGUGUGAAUGUGAUUGUGUUUCUGACUGUGACUGCGCUGACUGCUCUAAAUCUGCUACAAAAAAUGAUGCUCAACAAAAAAGUAAAGAUAAAUCAAAUAAGUCGUAUGCCGAUAAUCGAGAUCAACAAAGAAGUAAGGGCAAAUCAACUAUAAAUGAUACAGCUGAGACAUGCGAUGGAUGCCGCAUCAGUUGCAUGGCUUAUUCAAAAAAUGCUCAGCAAAAAAAUGGAACAGACAAAAGCUCGUUAAAAAGCAAACUAACACCAAAUAAAAAGCCUUCAAAAUUGAAUACUAAGGCCAAAGAAACACAAGAGGUGAAGGGGAAACAGUUAGGACGAAAUCAAAAAUCAAAACGUAAGGAUAGCGACGACGGUGAAUGUGAAUGUGAUAACUGUGAUUCAAACUGCAACUGCUCAGACAGCUGCCCACAAAGUAGUAAGCCAACUAAAGCAACUGCCAAAAGUGAUGCUCAAGAAAAGUAUAAAGGCAAAUCUAAUAGACCUUAUAUCGAAAAAGGAGAUCAACAAAGCAGUAACGGCAAAUCAGUAAAAAAGGAUACGCAAGGUAGAAGUAAAACGUUAACAACUGACAGGGAAGAUCGACAAAGCAGUAACGGCAAAUCAGUAAAAAAGGAUACGCAAGGUAGAAGUAAAACGUUAACAACUGACAGGGAAGAUCGACAAAGCAGUAACGGCAAAUCAGUAAAAUAUGAUACUCAAGGUAGAAGUAAAACGUUAACUGACAAGGAAUCGUCAGAUUGUUGCACGCCUGAAACAUGCAACGGAGACUGCUUGUGUUGCAAUAAAGGCGAUUCACAAAAUGCUGCUAACAGAAGUGAAGCAUUAAAUGGCAACAGAAACCCAUUUCAAAAUAAUGCAUCCAAGGUGGGUGGUGCUGCAGCUGAAACAUGCAACGGCGACUGCAUGAAUCAGAUUAUUAAAAUCUUACAUCAAGCAGUGGAAAGUCUUCAACAAGAAAAGGAAAAACUUUCUCAGUCAGUUGACAAGAAUAACAAUAGCAAUUAUAACAGAAAAACGAGCAAUGAGUUCCCUAAUCAGCAGUACAAACCAAAUGCCGAUAAGAAUGGCAAUAAUAAUUAUGCCAAAUAUUCGAAUAAUGAGUUUUCCAAUCAGCAAUACAAACAAAACGCUGACACGAAUGGCAAUAACAAUUAUGCCAGAAAUUCGAAUAAUGAAUUUGCCAGCCAACAAUACAAACAAAAUGCGCAAAAUUGUUGCACAUGUCCCUUUGCUGCUUGCUCAGCCCCAAGUUAUAUGACAGAUAUUUGCUAUAUGACCGGUCCACAAAUAUAUCCAGAAAUGAAUGCCUUUCAAUACUCAUAUUCCCAGUCCAUGUGCCCAUCUGGAAACUGCAGCCACAUGCCACAAUCUAGCUCAAAGCAAAAUACACCCGCGAAUCUUCGCAUACUUACAGAAACUGAAUACGACUACAUAAAUCCCCAAACGCAAAAUCAGGCCAUAAGCAAAGAAUACUCUACAGUGAGUGGAGAUGCUAAAGUAAAAUGCUGUAGGUGUGAAGAUAAAAGCGAGAGCGAACUUCGUGAGCGUAGCGGUAGAUCAGAUCCACUUUAUGAAAGAGAUUACCAAGCAAUUCCAUGCAAUGUGAAGCACAAAGCCUUAGAAUGCUCUCAUACAAUGCAACAAGUUUAUUCCACUCGCAAGUACAUUAGCCCAUGUAUUGAAAAUUCUGCACAGAAAGAACAAAUUAAUUGCAGGGCAAUAAAACAGCCAUGCAAUGUAAAACCCCAACCACAAUAUAAGCAUAGCAAAUACAUUGAGGGACCACAAUUGACCAACUAUGAAAGGUAUAAGUUACAUCAAUUUGAGAAACAAAAAGCAGCAACGCAAAAAGCAUCCGCCAGAGCCCCAUGUGGCAUUCCAGAUCUUCCUGUAGAUAAAGGACAAUCCAGAAACUAUUCUGAAAAAUCAAAUUUCACUAAUGGAUUCCCUUUCUCCGCAGGGCAGAUCAGGAAUAAGCCUGAUGGGAAUUAUAAAUAUGACGCACCUCCAUAUCAUCCUGUUGAAAAAGAACAACCUAGAAAUCAUUCAGAUAAUACUUAUUUGAAUAAUGGGCUGCCUUUUUCCACAGGAAGUCGGGCUAACGCGCAAAACUUGGGAUAUAAAAUAAGAUGUAAAUGUGACCUUAAUAAUGAAACAAAUUAUACACCAUAUGAAAGUCCCAAACGGAAAUACAAAGAUCCGCCUUGUUGUAGAGAUGAACUGCAUGAAAUUGAGGAAUAUAGACGAAAUCAAGACUCAACAAUUAAGUAUACUGAUUCUUUAGACUGUUGCCCGUCUUGUUGCAGUCAACAAUCUGAUGAUACAAAUUAUUUCGAACCGCAAGAGCCAGAAAUAGAUAAUUCAACACCAAGAAAUGAAAAAGCUAAAGACAAAAAACGUGCUCCAUUAUAUGAAACUCAAGAAUAUUCAACGCAAUCCGAGCAACCCAAGUAUGAAUACAACGCCAAAAAAGAGAAAAAGGAUACUUUGGAAAGCCACGACUCGGGUGACAAGGCGUCAACAAACCUUUUUGCGUGCUGUCAAAGGCCAAAAACAGAAAGAGAGCAGCAAAGAUCAGAAAGAAAGCCAAGAAGCUUAUUUAUUUGUUGUAAGAAACGAGACAAACGAGAACGAUCGCCUUCACAAGAAAGCAAAAAAAGGAAAGAUCGCAAGUCAUCAACUUGCUUUGGAGUAUUUCCAUGUAUGAAUAAACCAAAAGGAGAAAAGCGGAUUAAUAAAAGGGAAGAAAAAAGUCCAACACGUCCAAAAACCAUGAUAUCAUGCUGCCCAAUAAAAAGUAGAAAGAAUAUAAAAGAAAAAAAAUCGAAUACUUCAAACUCGAGGACUUUCUUUGCCUGCUGCAAAAGAAAAAAACGUGAGCCAUCAGAUACAAAGGCGUCCAAGUCUAAAAGUUUAUUUCCUUGCUUUGCUAAGCAAGAUAGCGAAAAACGGCAGGUUAAAACAAAAGAGCCAAAAGACUCGCAGCCCAAAGACUUGCAGCCAAAAGACUCGCAGCCUAAAGGAUUAUUCCCAUGCUGUGCCAGGAAACACAAAGAAAAGUCUUAUCCUGAAAGUAGAACCAGUGGCAAGCCGAAGGAGCAAAAUCAGUCAGAGGCCAGAGAGAAGAAAUCGACAAGCUUACUAUCUUGUUGUCCGACAAUUGGAAGGAAACGUAAUACGGAAGUGAAUAGAGAAAACAAAACAGUAGAGUCUGAGAGCAGAGAACAAAAGUCAAACAGUUUACUAUAUGAAACACAAGACAAGGAGCCAGCAAGUGAAAAAUUAGCAAAUGAAACGGAAAAGCAAGAGAAACCGAAACGUAACUCUAUGAAGUCGAGUUUCUUAUCCUGCUGCAAGAGGCCCAAGAGAGAUAAGCAGAUUAAAGCAAAAGAAGCAACAGAUCCAAUUUUCGACCAACAUAUUGAAGCCGAUGAGAAAACAAAAGAAGCAACAUAUCCAAUUUUAGAUCAACAAAUUGAUGCAGAUGAAAUUUGCAUUUGUCAAUGUAACAAUAAUGAACAAAUUGAAGCAAAUGAGAUUUGCAUUUGUCGAUGUAACAAUAGCAAGAAUAAUGGACUGUGUACUUGUACAUCUGAAAAUAUGAAUGAUGAAACAUGCAAUGAUCAAACAUGCAAUGAUAUUACAGUGCUGUAUGAUUCAAGCUAUAAGUUUUCUAGAAAUAGUUACGCAGAAGAAGUUUCCGACACGGAUUGCGUUUGCUUUGAUAAGAAUGAUGAAGAGGUUGCUUGUCCGCCAUGUAAUAGCGAAAAUAAUUUCUUUUCUAUGAUUAAGUCGAACCAUACAAAUCAAAAUUCAAUCUCAUGUUAAAUCACAGAUAUACAUAAAAAAUACU